GCUUUGACCGAGCAAAAAAACUGGCACUAGUUAGUAAAACUGACAUCAUUUUUAGUGGGUGCUGGUCGAAGUCUUACUGUGUUUGUACAGUUUUAGACCUAUUUCUCGCUUAAUUUGUUGAAUUCGUAAUAAGAAAUUUAUAUAUAAACUAUUUAAGAAACUCUUCUACAUAUCAUGAGUGAACAAAUCGCUUUUGGUGAGUCUGUGAGCACGCAAAACGAAGGUAGGUGAAAGUGCAUGUCUAAAUGCAUGAGGGACUUAACUUUUAAAAUUUCGUGUCAAUUUUCAGAAUUUUGUAAUAUUUUGAGACAGUGAACAAUAAGAACCCCUAACACAGUAACGUCGUUUGUAUUGGAAGACUUUUAGUAAUUUAGUUCAAUGUUUUACUCGAGAAACGUUCGGAAACAUGAAAUUCCAGAAACGUUGCUCGCUCAGCAAGUAUGAAGCAUGUCCGUCGAAAAGAAGCGAAAAAAUUGAAAAAUGUUAGUAUAUGGAGUAGAAUUUAUAGUGUCUUUUUGAUGAAAUUGACGAUGGAAUCCUCAAUUUUGUUUCUUUAAAAUGCAUGCCUAUAUUUUGAUAAAAAUAUAGGUAUGUUUGAUUGUUUUGUUAAUUAUUUGUGUGCUAAUAUAUAAAUUGUUUCAGAUCGCAACAUAGGCAGCCAAAAUGGCUAAGGGCCUAGAAGUGUUAAAUGUUUGACUAAAAUAUUCAAACUUUUAAUAAAAAUAUCUGCCUUGUUGAAUGCACUAUGGCGACAAUGUAAAAUAUGACUGCCAAUAUGAGAAUGCGUAUUCGUUAUGAAACGCUGCUUUCUCGCGGCAUCUGGCAUAGAAAUUUUCUGGCGCACAGUGCGGCAUCAUGAAUAAAUUGCCGAACACUUCAUAAAUCCAUAUUUUUUUCAUUUUAGGAACUUAUGCAAGUUUUGUCAUUAUUUUAGCAUAGUUUCUAAAAACGCUAUAAACUAUAUUUAGUUUCUAUAAACGCUAUAAAUAUUUCAAGUAUUUUUUGAUUAUUUUAAGGCAUAGCGAUGUUAAUUUUGAUUUUCUUGACACCUUAGGAGUAAUGCACCGAUCAAUGUUAUGCCUGACCCUAGGGAGGGCGGGCAAACCCAGGGGCAUUUGACAUUUUCAAUUUUUUUGUGUCAAUAGUCCCCACUAUGAAGCUUUGAAGAAGAACUUUGAGUUAGAGGAAAACUACAAAGAUGUUAUAAUCUGCUCAAAAAAUUUAUUUAUAUUUAUAAUAUAGCAUUUGUAAAUUCUGAAUGCUAUAAAUUGGCUAAGAGCCGUGUUGAUAUAACUCGAUAUAAAUGCGGAAAUUUCUUGUCGCUCUUGGAUUCAAUUGUAACCAUUUUCUCCUUAUUUAUUUCCUAGUCUAUUAAAAAGACAAAAGUUAACAAGAUUUUAUUUUAAAAGCCACAAAUGAAGUGAUACUAUUCAUGAAUUCACCUUGCAAUUUUCCUGCAGGCCUUAAAAUAUCGGUCGGUCAUGGACAUGUCCGACCCAUUCGUGAAAUUGUCCGACGUAGAGAGGAAACCACCGGACAUUCUGUCCGACCAAAGUGAAACUGAGGUUUAUUGUUUGUCCGACCCAAGUGAAUCGGUGUCCGACCGAACUGUAGCUUUGUCCGACGUACUAUUGUAUAAAAGGUGUACUGGAAAUGUUGUUUUAACGUAGUCGAGCGCGGGGUGGCGAGCGAAAUGGUGAAGUGGAAAAUGGGCUUAAGUUGUCGAAGUCUUUUUUAACACUGCUGUUCUGGCAAGUGAGUUAAUUUUGGCUUGGAAAUAAGUAUGAAAGAAAUUAUUUAAUAUCUUUACAACAUUUACCGUUUAUUCAUUUGUGUCAGUCAGAUUUAUUUCCAAGUCAAAACUGAACUGAAAGUCAUCGGACAUAUGUCCGACCCAUACUCAACGUCACCGGACAUUUUGUCAGACGGCCUUGGAAAAGAUAUUUUAAGGCCUGUUCCUGAAACACGCCAUGAUGUCGGCCGUGCUCGUGAAAAUGAUACAAGACUGGUAACAAAAAUGUCAAAAUGCCCGACUUUGGGGAGCUUCCUUGAUGUCAAAUAAAAUAAAAUCCCCAACCCAGAAGCAGGGUAAUCAGGUCAAUUCCCAGUGUAUCCCUGCCCUCCCUAGGGUCGGGCAUAACAUUGAUUGGUGCAUAAAUAUAACUAUUAAUUAUUUUGAAUGUGAAUGAAUAAUUUACCUGUAGCUAGGUGUGUUCAAUAUUUGGCAAAACUGCUUGUACAGAAUAGUACAUUCCAUACUAGAGCAUAUUUGCUGCGUUGGAAAGCGUGGCUUGUGUUUUUACACAUACCCCACUUCUCUAUGAUCCUAAAUGCGAACAUGCCAGGUAUGAGGAUAAGACGAAGGGGUCAAAUUACUGACACUGUGAGAAAUCUCUCCCGAAAAAGUGUACGAGAUUUUCAGACUUCCAAUUGGCAAUUUAGUACUUGGAAUUUUUAGGAACGUUGGAAUUUUGGUUGUAAGUAAAACAAUAUUUUGUGUUGUUUUCAAUGUUAGAACUGAUGAAGGUAUGCAGUAAAAUACAAUAUAGCCUUUUCCUGUUGUUACAUAAUAAUAAAAACUUACAAGAAAUUCUUGUACCAGAGCAGUCUUUUACUUCAGGGUAAAGUUAAUGUAAAUCAUGUAUUUAUUCUCUGGAGCACCUGGGAACAUGUAGCUCUGUCCUAUUCUCUCAAAUUUUCUGGGAUGCACAUUAAUUAAAUUUAGAAGUAUAUUUUAGAUUGCAACUUUCAAGGGUAUUUUGAUGCUUUUUUGCAUUAUCAUAUAUAUGUACAUGGACUUGUGGAAUGAUUUGCCUUGGAGAACACAAGGCUGAAAGAGAGUUACAUUCAGUGAGAAUGAUAUUUAGUACAUUGCAUCUCUGAGACUUGUAUUACAGAGUUGGAAGACCAAGAGUUGAAAAUUAUUGCCAUAUUUAAUGGAAGUGACAGCUGAAACUGUUGUCAUGUGAUUUCACAACAUACUUUAUAUGAUUAGAUGCAGCUAGUUGAAUUAAGUCUUUCAGUGUUUCUGCUUAUACAUAGAUCUUACAGGCUUUGCCAUAAUGCAAACAAAGGCACUUGACUAUUAGUGCUCCUCUGUGACCCGUGGCACUUGUUACUGCUCAAACAAAAGUCAACAACACAUGUCUUUUAAUAUAUUAAUUAAUAACAGAAAUAUUUAUGGUUCAGAGGAAAAGCAAUUCAUCCAUAAAAUAAAUCAACAUGUCCGUAAAAUUUUACUUUGAUCUUGACAAAAAGACCUGUGUGUAUAAAAUGCAUGUGCACACACAGUUUUUGGGUGCGUUUCAGGCGUGCAUGCUUGAUGGUACAAUCAAAUAUGAUGCUAUUAAUCAGCUUUGAGAAAUAUACAUGCAACUUUCUUUCUUGUGGCAGCAACAGAUUAUUGGUUUGUAUAUCUUUUUUUGAAGACAAGAAACUAAAUUGCUACCUCAACUACUGAUGAAAGUCUUUAUGAAGAGUAAUUUCUUCAUAAAGAUUUUCAUCAGUAGUCAGAGUAAGAUACUGUUGUGUACUAGUGUGUUGUAGUCUGUGGGCAAUUAAUGUCUUAAAUUUAAAAUGGGUUGUACACAUUUGAAUGUUAUCUUUUAUUAUACUGUAAGUCUAAAUAUGUCAUUUGCAUGAUAGUGGAAUAAUUGCAACAACACACCGGUAAUUGAACUUUUAUUUUUGUUUCAGUUGAGCAUGAUCUGCUUUGUUUUCCCAACAUUGAUAGUCCAUUCAGUGUUGAUUCUGGUGUGGCUACAUCACCUUUGUCAUCAAGUCCAAGCUCUCCAUCCUCAUCUAUCUCACAUGAAGAUAGGUUUCCUUAUAUUGAGACGUUUACAGAUAAUAGUGAGCCUGAACAAGUUCAGCCGAAAUCAAGCCCCUCUCUACCAGUUGAGAAAACUGUUAAGAAAUUACUUGAGCUGCUUGUUGCUGCCAAAACAGCUGGAGAACGUUCUUUGAUAUCCAAUCUUGUGACAACCCUUCUUACAAAUUCACUGAAGAAAGAUAAUUCUCCUCCGACCUCUCUUGCCAGUAUAAAGAAUGUGGUUGAACAGCGCUCCCGUCAGGGUAUAAAAAGGCCAGCUAGUUCAAGCAGUGAUGAAACUCCUCGCAAAGAACUGAAAACAGUUUUGAAAACCCCUGCUCCAGUCAAACCUUCUAUAAUCAUGGUUGAACAGCCUGAACAGGUUUGUGCUAACUUUGUGCUUAGCAAUAACAGGAUAUUUGUAUUAGUAAUAAUUUUUACUUUUUACGACUGUAAGUAUUUUUGUACAUACAAAAUGGUAAUAGAUGUAUGUAAAAAUAGUUCAGAAUGGGUCAUUCCAGAAAUGCUCCACAUACCCCAUAUAUAUGGGCAAAAUGUUUCCUCCAUAAGGGGGACUUACCAGGGCUUCAAAUUUGAGUAUCCUCCCGGUGAUACCAGAUUUUAUAUUUGGAUACUGGAAAUCACAAGCUCAGUAUCCCAAAGGAUACUGAAAAAAUUCUGUCCACAACUGAUAUUUCUCGACAAUACUGUUGCUAGCAUGCAGAGAAGACAUGCUUUAAAAUUCAAAAUAAGAAGCAUUUAUCUUCAUGAAUAUAAUUAUCUUCAACCCAGUCAAUCUGUGUGUGGCUAUUAAACUAGCCUUAAAGUAAUUGGCUGAAGUUAAUUACCAUAUUAACGCAUAAUACGACACGUUUCACGCUGUCAGUUGAAAUAGCUCAUCUUCACACACUCAUUUUCAAAACAUGUUGGCAAAAUGUUAAGAUACAUUAUACAAACUGAGUGAACAAAAAAAUCUACUGAGACACAGCAAAUAUUAACUGAUGAACAAGUCAAUCAUGAACGAAAAGAUGUUUUAUAAAUGUGGGAUACUAGAUUUUCUGGGUGGAUACCAGAUUUUAAAUUGCUAUGAUCCCAUUGGAUACUGCUGAAAAAUUCAAAUUUGAAGCCCUGUACUUAGGGGGUUAAGUUCCUCAAUUAAAAAAAUGAUAGGGCGGGUGUGAUUAAGUUCCUCCAAUUCCCUCUGUGGAGCAGGUGUGGAUGUAUUCUGGAAUGACCCAAUUUAUAUAAUUGUUCAUAAAUUUAUUUGCUGUACAAUUCAUUGUAUAUACAUUCAUGUAAAUUUUAUGUAAUAAUUCAGCUUUAGUAGGCUGUUAUAUAUUAAAUCGUACUAUUAAUAAUAAACGGUUAAUUUACUGCAACGACUCAAGUUUUGAACUAAUAGCCAUAUUGUAAUCUUUCAUUGCUGUACUGUAGUAGAACUUUGCUUGAAAUACUAGUAUUGCUAUCAACAAAGAAUCCAACUGCUUUUCUGAUUUUGACUAGACCAUCAUGAGACUACAAAAUCUAGAUUGUGAAUUCUGUCCUUGAAACACUGGUGUGACAAUAUUUUAUUUGUCUAAAAAUGUUUCUUCAACAAAUUUAUAAAAAUACUGAAUUGUACUACUAUAGUGAAAAUAUUGGUUUACGUUGCUGCCAUGAAGGUUUGAAGGUAAUUAGGAAAUGGUCCAAUUACAUUUUUUAACCUGGCGAUUGGGGUACAGUAAGGAAACAAACUGAAUAAAAGGUACAAGGUAUAAAAAGCUUUAAUUCUCUCUCAGUAAGAGUUCAGUGAACUUAUUCCAUUGUAUGUAUUAGCAUUGUGCUUGUUUUCUCUUGAAUUGGUAAUAUUUUCACAUUUUUUUAGAAUUACAGAGCCCGAUAUGAAAGUGAAGGUUGUCGUGGACCUGUUCAUGGCUCAUCUGACCUCACAUUCCCAACAUUUCAGGUAAUUAUUUAUGUUUCCCAUUUUUUUCAAUUACCAUUUUCUUUGAUGAAUAUGUCACAUAACUUUAGUGAUAUUAUUGUAUUGACCCUUAUAAGUUUACAGUAGAGUUAAGAAAGUAUCAGACCCCCUUAGGCUUUACUUUAGCUGUUGGGGCGAUGCUACUCGUCUUAUUGGGAAAUACUGUGUAAUGGUCUUUUUUGUCUCUAUUUAUCACAUUUAACUCAUUCCAGAUAGUGCCAGUAAAUAUUGUUCCCUGAGGAACAAUGCCUUUGCAGGGUCAUCUCUGGUUUAAUAAAAGCUAUGGAAAUACCACCAUUUAAUUCAUUGUAUAAAUAUCUUUACACAGCACUACAAUGAAAUGCAAGCGACUUAUAGUCUCUUGAAGAUAAGUGAAGUUAUAAUUUCACUGGUCUCUUGGUAUCUUGAUAGUUGAAACUUGACACAUAUAUAUAUAUAUAUAUAUAUAUAUAUAUAUAUAUAUAUAUAUAUAUAUAUAUAUAUAUAUAUAUAUAUAUAUAUAUAUAUAUAUAUAUAUAUAUAUAUAUAUAUAUAUAUAUGUCAAGUUUCAAUAUAUAUAUAUAUAUUCUCUAGAAAUUUAAAACAGCACAUUUUACCAGCACAUUUUGCCAUGUAACAUAGGUAGUUUUAGAAGUAAUUUAUAGUAAUUUUAAUAUGUAAUGUGUUGAAAAGCCCUUAGGGGAACACGCAAUAAAGUAUCUAUCUAUCUAAAACCUCACUGUAUAUGGACUUUUAAAUGUCUCAAAUUUGCCACUAUUUCAUGGUUUGCUUUUUGGGGUAUGCGUUGUGCUACUUUUGUGAUUUUACAGUACUCUGUUUAAUGCCAAAUGACAUGUUGUGAAAUUUGUUGUAGAAUAAUUAGAUUGUUGUUUAUUGUAUAUUUUAUAUGCAUUCUAUAUACUAUAUGGUAACAUUAAAAGUGAAUUUAUAUAUUUAUAAACAGAUAAAGGGAUAUAAUGCACCAUUGUGGGUCACUGUAUAUCUUGCCACAAGUAAUGGUACACCACAUUUCCAUCUGUUGUGUGGUCCAGGAUCUACCAAGUUACCUUGUCGUGAUACAACCCUACCAGAUGGUGUGACAGCUAUUCAAGUUUUAGUAGGCCCUGAAACUGAUAUGAGAGCUGUGUAAGUGGACAACUAAAUAACUUUUGGAUUUAAGGCUGUUUUCCAGUUGCUGUAUGCACAUGUAAAAGUUUAAAAAAGUAUGAAACGUUUUUACUUGUUUUCUAUUUAUUAAUUGUUAGUAUUGGUAUGUUUUGUUUAUCAACCAUAAUAAACACAUCAAAAUCAUAAAGAAAUGACGUUUAUAGUAAUUACAAAAACUGCCUUUAUAGGAGUGUUCGUAAUAAUGUAAAAAUCACGAACUAUUUCGACAGAAUUAAUUUGAAUCCUGAGUACUUAUGAAAAAUGCUUAACUGGAAAGCAGCCUUCAGUGUAUUGCUAAUAUUUUAGGGAAGUUUCACAUAUCGAUUUUGUCCACGAGAAACGUCAUAUGUUCGUUUCUCUGGAGACCCCCCACCCCCCUUAGAAACGUCACACAUAAUUAUUGAUAUUUUGUUCUUAUAGUACACACAAGGUAAUUUUCUACUAUUUUUUUCGAUCGGCUAUUGGCAAUGCUUCCGCGAGGAAUAUGUCAUCUUCUGCUGACAAGUGACAUACUCUUUUUUAUUAAUACUGAAGUAUGAACUUCAAAAUUUCCAACGUUUCUCAAAACAACUUUUUUGCAUGAAAUAUUGAUAAUUUUAGCGCGUUUUUUUUUUGGUUUUUUUUUUUUUUUUAUUUGAGUGUUUUCAAGUACAGGAAGAGUAAUAAUAUAAAUGUAUAGGUAUAAAUUGGGUAUGGUUAUUACGAAUAUAUAGACUGCACUGUUUGUAUCAGAGUGUUUUUCUUUUUAUAUUCUGCAAAGAUAAAACUAUCGAAUUUUUCCCAUGAUAUUUACAAGGAUACGUCACGGCUGGCAAAACGAACAUAUGACGUUUCUCGUGGGAAAAAUCGAUAUGUGAGGCUUCCCUUACAGCAAACACUUUUUUGUGUUAACUGAAGAAAUUACAAAUCUCUCAUCAAAGCAAAACAAGAUCUCACUAGGCAAGCAGGCCUAAUUCCUAUACAGCAUAAAUCCAAGCUGUCUUUUUCAUGUUUACAUGUACAUGCACAUGCAGGCCUUUCCUGAGUAUGUACAACAAAGUGGUACUUUGAGGUAGAGCUGUUCCCAUCGGUUAACUUUCUUAAUCAAUUAAUCGUUGUCAACAAUAGAGUUAUCAAUCGUAUUGAUAUAAAUCAGGGUUUUCCAACUCAGAAAAUUGCACGCGUGGGCAAAUCAAACUGCAGGCGCGAUUAAUCGUUUAUUUUAUACACAGAUUGACCUAGACAAAACAAUAACACGUCAAGCAGGACAUGCCAAUGCAGUUUUACACGUAUGUUAGCAUGCAACUAUUGACUUAAUAAAGCGGAAUGUGUAUAACUCAACUUUUGAGAACGUUACAACAUAAGAAAUUGAAGGAAAAAGCACAAAUGCUCGUGAUAAAAUUUAUACAUGAUUUCAAUGUUUCUGGAAGGAUACAUACCAACAAGCUUAGUUACUUACUGUACCUCUUGUUUGUACUUAAUUUAAACUUACUUUAAGGCUCUAUUAAUAGAAUUUCACUUAUGAAUAACUAUAAGUAAAGUUAUAAAAUUAGAAUCAGAUGAAAGUACGCGGCAAAAUUCAGGUUCAGAGUUUGCAAAUUAAUUAAACGACUAUAGUAAUACAGUAGCAUUAGAGCUCUUUCCUUAAAAAAAACCUUGAGCAUGAAAUGCUAUGUAAAUUGAAGGUGCGAACCGCUAAAUUUGUAUUCUUGAAGAAAGUAUAAUGUCAAUAGUCACUAAUAACAAUAAAAAAUAAAUGUCAGAUCUAUUUAUAAUUUUUAUCAAAAAGUUUUACUCUUUCACUCGCAGGCCACAUGCUUUCCUUUGCUCUCCAGAUGCCGAUUGACUGCUUGCUCACAAAGCUUGUUCCCUCAAUAUACGAUUUGACUGACUUCUUAACAGGCCCUUUGCAGUUUGGAUGCUGAAAUAAAGCAUUUUCAUUGCGCUGACAAACUUUGCACCAAACAAAAUUAACACACGCUUUGCCCAUCGUUGAUCGUCUUCUAGCCAAUAACACCAUUUUCCCCCACUUCAUAAAAGUUGCCAGAUCGACUUUAUUGCCUUUGGUGGCCAUCCUCAAUUAUAAACACCCUAACUUUGAAAGAAUACCGAUAAUAUUGCGCUCUCUAAACUGUCAAAUGAACGUGGGUUUUGUUACAUGAUAUCUUAAUUCACUGUGGGUCAAAAUUGUAAUAUAACGCGCGAUUAUCCUCAAAAAUCAAAUUUGCGUGCGCGAUAAAUCACGCGCCCAGAUUUGUGUGGGCGUGCGAUCGCAGAGGAAAGCCCUGGAUAAUUAAUUUAAAGAUGAAAAGCCCAUGGUGGUUUGACAGGUUUCUAAAUUGUAAUACACUUUACUAAAUUUUUUUGUGUUUCACCAGUCAGUAUAAACAUUUUAAAUCUCCGUUUAAAAUGAACGUUAAUCACAAUUAUAGAUUGCGCAUGUUCUCGCGCUCUUACACUUCACAUAAGAGACAUAUGCGUGAAAAGACAGAAAGAAUAUUUAGGAUGUUUACUUUAGUUGUUUACCUUUGACACUCCUGAGCAAAUGUGCGAGACUCUUAUGAUGAUAAAUUGGUUUAUGUCUGCACGCCGCAUUGUUGGAUGCAAAUGGUAAUAAAUUAUUCUAAUAAAACUUUAAAGAUAUUUUCGCGGCACUGGUAACCCGAUCAGACUAUGGUAAACUUUGCAUGCUGCGAGUGAAAUUGAUAUUUGACCCACAAUAUUUUGAAUCAAUUUGUCAUUUCAUGUUUCAAUCACAAUCUUGUUGCAAUUUUUUUAAUCUGGAAAGAAAUUAACUCAAUCCCACAUCAUGCUGUGUGGUGUUAUAGAUGAUCCGAUUACUGUUAAGUAUAAUUGAUUGUGGAAAAAUAAUCGAUUAAUCGGGAGCAGCUCUACUUUGAGGUGAAUGUUAGUUUGCAUGCUCAAUAGAGUGACUCGACGACAAUUGAAAACAUUGAUGCAUGUAUUUUUGCAGCUUGGACUGCAUCAGUUUGAAGAGAAGAAGGAAUUUUGAGGCAGACAAAGAAUUAAGAAGAAGGGGGUUAAAUCCAGCUGACUGGAAGUCUGAAAGAAAAGAAGCCUGUUUUGUCAUGACUGCAGAAAUACCUGGCUCUCCCAGUCAGACUAUCACUUGCAAGUCAAAAGUGUUUCAAUGUAGUAAGUUACACUUUAUGUAUUAAUGCAGUAAAAUUUUCAAAAUACUGUACAGGUUGUGAUUGCCUGCAGGGGAAAAAAAUGAAAAAGAUGAGCUAGAAUAUGGUAUAAUGUAUAAAUGUGAUGAUAUUUUAUAUUUGCUUUUAUUAAUUAAUUGCAAAUGUUUUAUAUAGCUGCUCCACCAGGAAAUCCAGAAAUCUGGUGGAUGAGACCUGUUAAAGGUUAUGUGACUGGUGGUGAAGAAAUUGGCAUUAUUGGGAAGAAAUUCCUAAAAGGUAAACUUGUUAAAUUAAAGAAUAUUUAAAAUUAAUGUAAUCGAGCUUUGUUAGUAUAGGAAGUAGGAACUGGUCCAAAUUUUUCAUGGCGAAUAUUUUUGCUGACCAAUCACAUUGCCAAGAUUUGUUUUUCCCUUUGUGCAAACAAAUUUGCCUAGUGGAAAAUGGACCUGCUGUACGGAAAAUGUACUAGCUGCCUCAGUUUUGUUUGCUAUUUGAUAAAGUUCUGUGAAAUGAUAAUUUGGAGUCAACUUCAUUUUCGUUUUCCUAGGGUUCCAAGUACGAUUUUAUGGAGAAUUGCCAAAUGGUAUGUACAUUUUACAUAAUUUUGUUUCUUUCAAACCUUUUGUUGAAACUAAAGUGAACAAAUUUUUGGCGAAUUGUAUUUCCCAUACCAGCAUUCUUCCUGCCAUUUUUGGAAUGGAAACUAGCUUUAAGAGUUAAAAAUGUGUGGUAUGACGUUUAUAAAUUUCAGUGCAAAAUUAUAUGUUCCUGCUUAUACUUGCAAUGAAAGAACAUUUCAAUGAAUGAGGUGUUUAUCAGUCUUUCCUUACAAUAACACAAUUCUUAUGCUAGCUCCAGUAGUGUUUAAGACAUUUACAUGUCUUAAACACUACUGGAGCUAGCAUAAGAACGUGGUGCAACUACAUCUCACUAGAUAUCAGCCCAUGUUAAUUGGAUAUCCUGUUUGUUUAUUAGAAGUUUGACUGAGCUAAGACUUCUGUUGUGGGCGAAUGAGCAACAUUCUGCAUGCUAUAAGGUGUGUUUCUGUGAUGAUACUGUGUUGUCACAUCAAUAUUAUAUUGCCACUUGACUUCCUGCUGCUAUUCAAGCCAUUGUAUUUAGUCUGCUUAGUACAAGAUGCUGCACAACAGUACACAAAUAUUAUAGAGUAAUUGUUGUUUCAAUGUGCUAUAAAUGCUACACAAUUUUCGUGGUAAAACAUUUGUCUGACAAUUCUUUAUAUAUGUAGACAACUCUGAACAUUUAAAACCAAAUACAAAUGUUAUGCAGUAUAUACAAGAAAGGUGUGUUAUAUUAAGGCUAGACUGUCCCCACUCAAAAUGAUGAAACUUUUGAAUAAAAUAAUUAAAAUUUUCAACUUAUUGCAUGGUUGUUAGGUCUGUUGAGAAUUUACAAACAUAGUCACUGCAGCAUGCAUUCUGGCUAAAGAUUGCUUUGUUUCAGCAAAAGGUUUUUCACUAAAUGUUAUGAGUUUCUAUGUGUUAUAUAUUUGUUAUAUGGUGUUUUCUGUCUUUAUCUUUUUUUCUACCUUUUGUCUUCCAGACGGCUGUCAUACAAUACUUUUUAGGCAUAUCACAUGUACAUGAUUUAAUACAUUGACACUCAAAGUAUAGGUAAUAGGAUGAUUUCGAGUGCAAUUUGGAUAAAACAUGCACAAGUGAGUUUUUCAAAGAGCAUCAAAGUAACAAAAAAAAAACCAACACUUUAUUAGUAACAUUACCUACAGGGUUCGAAUUAGUGGCCCUCGCAUUUUUGCGAACGCAAAAUCAUCCAAUUUGCGAAUGACUUUUUGCAAAAACAAUGUGUUAAAGGUUAUUUUCACAAUCACUUCAAAUGUAUUUUACUAUAAUGUAAGAUAUGGAAUAUUCUGCAGAUUAUUAUUGUAAUUUUGUACUAAAAGGAUGUGUGAAAUGAAGAAUAUGGCUACAAUUCAAUUUCAUCAGAAAAUUUACAAAAUUCGCUACGAAACGACGCCAUUUUGUUUUUCGCAAGCAGUGUUUCCACUUUUCAAAACUGUAAUUUCCUUCAAAUUUUCAAGAAGGAAAUUUGCGAAUCGAUUUUUCCUGACUAAUUCGAACCCUGAGUCCUACUAGCGGUAACACAUGUUUCUUGUAAAAAUGUAUGUAUAUAUUUUUGCUCAAUGUAUAACAAACAUAGAUUUUUCUACUUGCAAAAGUCCAAAAUUAUAGUCUUUGCCAUAUUGUUGGUUUUCAGUUUAUAAAUAACUGACUAUACUUGUACACUGCACACAGUUAUGCAUCCAUUUUCACUGUGAACAUUUGCACUACUUCAUUUCAUUCUCGUUUUAUAACUUGCAGCAUUCAAAUAUUUAUAAGUUGCAGUUCAAUUUGCACCGUACUGUAUUUACUAACGACGUAAACUGGGUUGCUUUACUACAUAAAUACAUACACAUACUCAACAAACUGUGCCUUUUUACGAUCGUUUGCAUGUGAUAUUCUUAUGCAUGAAUCUUCCAAGUUUUUACUGCAUAUAUUACUUGUUUGUGACUAAACCAGAUGGUUGUUUGUAUAAAGUUACAUCCAGCUUUAAAAAACUUCGUGCUUGCAUUUUUUCUAAACUCUGGAAUUCGGUUUGUGGUUUCAAAAUAAUUACAAAAUAUUUCAAUGAUGCAUAGUAUAAAUUCGUUUGAGGUCUUUUUUCGUGAUUUAAGCUAAACUGGCAAAACGGAAGUGUGAUUAAGAAUAUCUUUUGCAAACACACACAAGGCUUCCUCUUCUCUGUUUAUCUGCCUGGUGUCCAUGGCAGUUUAUAUUAAUUGUCUUGUAUGUGGUAUAGUAUAUUUUUUUAGCUGCUAAUUUUGUGCCAUUUAGCGUUUAGCAUGGCUAUAUCUUUUACUUAUGUGCAGUGCCUGCCAGCGCUGAAGACAAACUGGAUUAAAAAGUCAAGGUUUUGUUCAAAUUCCUUGUAAUAACAUUGUAUUACGUAAUUCUUUAACGACACCCAGCUUCCGAUUUGCAAUACUAUAACUAGAGUAAAGUGCUAUUUUCAAUUCACUGGUGAAUUAUACAUGUAUGUGCAUGAUCACAUGGCUUUAUCCAACUAAAGCGUAGACAAAACGGCCAAGGUAGCCUAUGUACAAGAUUCUAGUCUAAACAGACAACUGUGGUUCUUUCAUUCCUUCAUUUCAGAUAUAUUUCAUUUAGUUUCAUUUAUGGUCCAAAGAGUGCCUAAAUUACAAGAAUGGGUAUAUUUUCGAUACUCAAACCCUUGUUUUAAUUUAUUGUGAAAUAUACCCCUGCCUUCAACUUACUUGUAUUAAUGUAUAUUAGUAUAUACAUGGAUUAUUAACAUUAAAUAAUAAAACAAACACGUUAAUUAUAUGAAAACUAUACUAAUACUAAUAAUUAGAAUAAUCAAUGCUUGGUGUAAUAUAUAAACUAAAUGGCUUCUUAAUAACCAUGCGGUUACUGUUAGUAUAUUAAUUUAAACUUUCAUGGAGAAAAUGCAGUCAUAAUUGAGAGAAAUUGGAAUAACCUGUAUAAAAAUAAUAGUUUUAACAGUCAAAAAUUAUUUUAAAUCUAAUUGUUAAAUUAUAUAAAAGUAAAAAAUCUAUAUUUAGGUUUAAUUAACCAAAAAUCAUGCACUUAACGCUACUAACUUACGUCUUGACAUUGUCUUCGUAAUUAAGGUCAGGUUUAAUAUAACCCACUGGACAGUUUUGGAAAUUUUUUUCCCAAAACUGUAAUGCCGCCAGCUGGGUUAUAGAAGGCUCUCAAUGUUGGUUAAUUGAGGCGAAUUGUAUAUAAAAAAUCUUAAUAUUAGGAUAAAUAUCAUUGUUGAAGAACAUUUUGUCACAACACACUAUAAAAAUAUGACGCACUUCACGAAAAAAUAAUUGCUAUUCAGAUUUUAUCUGAGUUACCGUAGUUCUACGAAUUUCAUUAGCAGUAGUGUAAAGUUUCAAAGUAACUUCGAUUUUGCAGAAAAUUUCGGAUGAAUUUGAUAGCACUUUUGCAAGACGUUUCUAUAUUAUGGAAAUGAAAAAGCCCAGGAACGGCAUUUUGUAAUUACUAUUAUUGUUGUUAAAACAGAAACUUACGAAAUGGUGCGUGGAUUGAGAGAAAUUUCUUUAAAAGUAUUGUUGUAACACAAGAUAAUACUCUAUUCUCCAAAAACGUGCAAACAUUUUUAAAAAUGCGAGUGAUCGCCAAAGUUUUAAUUGAUAUGUUUAGACAUGAGAAGUAAAACGGCCACAAAGUUAGGAACGUGCUUCUCAAACUUCCCUCUUUUAAACAUAGUCAAAAGUGAACUGCGUCCUUAGAUAAGGAUUAAAUGUAAGAGAAUUAUAGAGGUAUCUUAAAAGUUGUUCAGAUCGUAAGAGUGCAUCAUCAGAAGCUAUUUAAAAUCUGAAGUCGUUUUCGCACGAAGCUAUAAGUACAUGCAUAUGGUUUAAUUGCGUCUUUUUGUGCAUUCACAAAAAAAUCUAAAUGUCGUGUUUAAAGCAUUCUUAUUUUACGAGAAACGUCCUGAAAUUUUGAAUAGCUUCGAGUUUUUGAUGCGCUCUUUUCCAUAGGCAUUUCCUAAAACUCGAUCCCAAUUUGAUUUUACCCAUCAACUGCAACUUUUAAUUUUCUAUUCACUCCUUGAAUUGUGAACGAGUUUGAGAGGCUAAAAAUGCGUUAACACGUUGCGUUUUCAGAUACAUCUUUUUGGAAUGUCGAUUAGUUGUAAGUUUCGUUGGAAAAUCUGUGUUUCGAUGCAUAUGUAUAGACUCGUUGAAGUGAAAUUUUCUACUAAUCAGUGCAUAGCGUGCCUGCUUGUAAGAACAAAGUUUGAUUACACAAAACUAUUCAAUACCUAGUGGAGAAAAUUUACUGUGAUUUAGACUAUGUAUUUAUGUUCGACGUUUAUCCUACAAAUGGCAUUUUGAAACUGCGAUGUGUUAUUUAAUUCGUCAUAAAUAAUGGUUCAUUCAGCGAGAUUUCUGUAAAAUGCAGCGUGUUAACGUAUUUAAUACGUUCAUCAACUAAGUUGUGUUACAACAAAGCGUUGGUCAUCAUUUUUAUGUAAUACCCUAGAAACUGUUGCAAGUAUUACAAACGCCCAAUGCAAUUUUAUUUAGUUUGCAGUUUUGAGAUUUCAGUUUUUGUCCUCUAUUGAUGCUGUAUGAAUUAGUUAUAAUAUGGUUAGACUGCCGAAAUGAUAGCAUCUUAAAUUAAACUAUGUUAAAGGUUCGAAUGAGAAAAUAUAGAAGCUCUUUAACAGCUAUAUGACGUCUGCAAUUUUAUUGCUCAGAUGUCGCGUCAUGGAUAUGAUGACCAACGUAUUCUUCUCUCCUACCAUUUCGACAGUUUCUGUUUGUUUUCGCUUAUUGUGUUUUCUAUUUGGUUCCAGAUUAUGGCGCUGGAUUCGUAGAAUGUCCCCUGAGAAAUUUUCUCUUUGAUUACAGUGACAGUUUUGGGCGGCACUCGUGCUAGUCAUUGUGAUCUUUAAGACAAAAUAUUCUCAAAGAGAGGAACAGUAAGAACUAAAUCCAAAAAAUUAACGUUUAGUUGUCAUGGAAAGACGUGUGUGGGAGGUGUGACCCUGGAAGGAUUUUAACGUGGGGAUGUGUUUGAGGAGGGGGAUUCUUGCGCGCGCACCGGGGGGAGUGGGUUUUUCGUUUUCCUUCAUCAAAGUUGGGUUUUUUACCCCGGACCUGUCAUUGUGUGAAACAUUCCAAGCGUUUUCAACUGUUCUAUGUGUUUCUGUUGGGGAAGGGGCUGGGCAAAAACAGUUGCAAACGUAUUAUGGUUUGUUUAAUGUUGUUAAAAGUAAUGUGUUUGUCCUUUGGCCUUCAAUUAUUUCAACUUUUGACAUCUGUUGUACAAUUUUGCAGUCGUUUUUAUUUCUGAAACGUUAGUAAACCUGCAAACUAGCCUGUAAGGCAAACUAUGCGAGUUGAUAUGUGGUGGCUCUAUACACCAGUUCAGACAGUCUGUGACGACAGCUAAUGGCAACCACCUAGAAAUGUUUUCUCAGGUGUACAUCUAAGAACAUACUCGUUUCCGUUAUCUAAGAACAUACUCGUUUCCGUUACUAAGAAAGGGCUAGCCCAAAUGUAAUACGAGAGAUUAUGUAAUUCAAGGUCCCCACACUGUCAAUUCUUUUGGAUACAGAUGUGAAAGGUUCGAGUAGUUGAUUUGUAUUUGUUGAAUUGUUUUGUCAAUGUUGUAUUGUUUAGUGUUGAGUAAUUCUCAAGUAGCCGCUAAAAUAAUUGAUGGGGAUUGGCUGUUUACAGGGUAUUUUUCGGAAUUAUCAGCUUGAGAAUUAUUCGUAUUAUUUAUUUUACUUUUUAUUUUCUCAUUUUUGUCGCUAAGCGACCGGCGCUUCUACAUGGACCCCAUUCAUAAUUCAUUGGGAGUUCCCUUGUUGGUUAAAAUUUAGAGGGAAAUAGAACCAAACAAAGCCUUCUUGCGUUUUAGGUGAGAUGUGGCAAGCCUAUGGGGAGAUUGAUAGAAGCAAAACGAACACGGUAAGAGAGUGUAAAGGUACAGUAGAUCAAGUUUGUAUGUUUUGAAACAACUUGCUUUGUAACUUGUAAGAAUCCGCAGAAACAGAAAAUUCAUUUUGUAUGCCAUGUUUCAAAACAUCUCGAGGACCAAGGUCAAUUAUAAUACCAAGAUUGCGGACUAAUGAUGGGCUGAAAUAAACUGAAACAUAAUGAGUGAAUGUACAGUGCGUUUAUUUACCUCGCGUUGGUUGUUGUAUUUCCCAUAGGGUGCAUGUGUGGUGAAAUCACCCGCUCUCAAAGACCCCAUAACCUCGCCUUUUACUGUCAAUGUUGAAAUCAGUGGGGAUCUUGCUAACAACUACACCAGCAGCGAUUCGGUAACGUUCACGUACUUACCCCUUGAGAAGCCAUCCGAAGCGAAGGAUUCUACGAUUUCAAUUGAAGCCUAUGACGAUACUCUGGUACUAUCGGAAAUUCUUCGUGAAAUUGCUCAGCUGUCCCCCGAAUCCACGCACGUACUCGAUCUGGGUAUUGAAGCUUUAAGCAAAGGUACGUACGAACAUGAAAAUUACUUAUUGCAUGUAUAUGGAUACUGAUCAUUUUGAAUCGUUGCUGUGUAGAAGAAUCGUUUCGUAAUGACUGCUUUACCAUCGAUUCCGUGUAAAACGUUUCGUAAUGGUUGCUUUACCAUCGAGUCCGUGUAAAACGUUGGAACUUCUUUAAUUAAUAAGCCUUCAUUUUUUUAAAGGCGGGCAUUUAUAUAGCAUUUAUAUAUAUAUUAUAUUUAUUAAAGGCCUGUUCAUAUGAGCCGGGCUGGCCCGGUAAACCGGGCUGACUCGCCUCGUAUAGUGUUUUUACAGCCUCGUCCCCAGUCACUUUGAUUUGCUGCGCCGUUUCGUGAGAAAAGAAUUUGCAUUCAAGAUGGCGGAUAACUGUUUCGCAACAACAAUAAAUAAGGAUUUCAACGAAAAUUUUGACGAACAUGUGCCUUUAAUAACCUCUGGAACAGCCAGUCCAUAUAAUAUUUCCAGAGCUGAAAAAGAGUAAUAUUUUUACCCAAAUUGUGUAAAUUAAUAUUAUGGCUCAAAACUCGCAAAAUACAACACAUAUCUGCUUCUAUCUUCUCAACUAGUGGGGCUAUGAAAAUGAUUCACGUACAUUUAAAUCGCCUGAUUACAACGAUUCCAAACGUAUAUAAAUGAUCUAGAUUUCAUUAAUUUAAAAAAAUACAGAGCUAAACUUUAACCCUCUGUUAUGCUUAUGGCUUGACCUAAACUAUAUCCAAUUAUAAAUAGUUGUGACUCUAUAAACACUAUAAAUUUGCUUCUAUCUUUUAACUAAUACAACUAUGUGAAUGAUUUGAAUAGAUUUAAAAUCGCUAGAUUACAACGAUUCCAAAUAUAUAUAAAUUAUCUAGGUUUCAUUAACUUUAAAAAAAUACAGAGCUAAACUUUAAACCCUCUGUUAUGGCUUUGAUCUAAAAUUAUAUCCAAUUAAUAGUUGUGACUCAAAAUGUAAACGCUAUAAAUUUGUUUCUAUCUUUAACUGGUACAGCUAUGGGAAUGAUUUGUAUAGAUUUAAAAUCGCUAGAUUACAACGAUUCCAAACAUAUAUAAAUUAUUCUGAUUUCAUCAAGUUCUAAAACAAAAUAUAGAUGAAAUUUAAUACCCUCUUUUAUGGCGUGACCCAAAUUACACCAUUAACUCCAGAUGUAAACACUUACUGUAUCUGCUUCUAUCUUUUCAAGUACAUGAGCUAUGAGAAUAAUUCGACUAGAUUUAGAGUCGCUAGAUUACGAUUCCAAAUAUAUAUAAAUGAUCUAGGUUUCGUCAAGUUUUAAAUAAUAUACCUGGAAUUUACUCUCUACUAAAAUGCAUCAAUCAAUUAAUAUUUACUAUAUGACUCAAAAUAUAAAACUUUAAAUAUAUGCUUUUUUCUUUUUAACUAGUGCAGCUACGAGAAGUAUUCGAGUAGAUUGGAAUCGCCAGAUUACAACGAAUCCAAAUAUUUAACAAUUAUUCGCCGAAGGCGAGGUGAUUAUCGGGGAAUAUUUGCCGAGACGAAGUCGAGGUGAAUAUUCCCCGAUAAUCACCGAGCCUGAGGUGAAUAAUUGUUUUAGUAUUUUUGCACAAGUUUUUUUUUGUGUUUUUUCUGGUCUGAAUUCAUUUUAAUUUCGCUUAUUUCUUUAUCACUAACUUCAACAAAACGGCUAGCCGCCAUUUUGAAAAUUUCGAUUUUGUUUCCACUGCUUGUAUCGGAACCCGCGCGUCUGAGUUGGAGCCUGGGGACGAGGCUGGUGUUUUUAUAUGUUUUUGAGGUUUAUUCACAUGAGAACCGGGCCAGCCCGGUUUGCCGAGCUCCCGUUUGAGCGAGGCGAGAUCUCGCCUUCCCGGGGUCAUAUGAACACACUUGGCGGGCCAGCCCGGCAAACCGGGCUGGAAGUAGUGUCACAACGCAUGCUUUAUUCUAUCUGAAAGCAUCUAAGAGUUAAGGCCAUGUUACACGGUGCAAUUUUUCUUGCAAUGCAAUUCUACUCUUGAGAGAUGUUAAUUAGUGAAAUCUGUGAAUUUUCGAUAUGUUGAGAAAACAUCAGCGGAGUGUAAUGAAGACUCGUAUUUGGUAAUUUUACAUCUCUCAAGAGUAGAAUUGCAUUGCAAGUUGCAAGAAAAAUUGCACCGUGUAACAUGGCCUUUAGAUAAUAAAAAAGAUAAGUAAGAAAUUAACAAUAUUAAAACAACAAGUAAGAAAUUAACAAUAUUAAAUUAACAAAAUUAAAACAAAUAUCGCGUUCCCGCCAAAAAUCGCGCGAGAAUUUCUAUAGCGCUUGCCGGGCUAGCUAGCCUCAUGUGAAACCAAUAACAACUUGGCCCGGCAAAGCGAACUAGCCCGGUUUAACGGGCGCCCGCCCAGCCCCGCUCAUAUGAACAGGCCCUGAGAGUGAGAUUUUCUCCUUUUUUUUAGAAUGGAGGGAAAUCUUGGACUCUAUUGAACAGCUUUAUGAAACUGGGUGUAUUACUAGUCACCAGAAUAAGGUGACUGCUAGGAUUGUUUGUAAUGUACCUCUUACAACAUUUACACUGUACCCUUAUUCCACUCACGUCCCCAGGCACGAUUGCCUCAAUAAUAUUCAUAUUCUGUGAAUGCACGAAAAGCAAUGUAAACGACGUGAAAGGUUAUCAGUGUAAGUGUCGUUUACGUGAAAAUGAGCGGCGCAGCCAAACUCCUUUGUAUUUCAAUUCGUACUUGUUUUGUCACGUGCGAAUAUGAUUGACAUGUGUGCGUUCAUCUUGUAGGAACUGAGAUUUUUGGUAUCGCAGCAUGACACCAUUCUCCUCGAAGCGUUUCGCACAACAAAGCAAUCGUUAUCCGAUUCCGAGUUUCUGCCUGUGUUUUGUCAGUAUCUCGCUGGUUUAAAUAUUCCACGAUGCACGAAUUAAGUUCUUACUGCAAGAGAAAUGUUUCGAAACACUACGUUCGUAAUGGUAUAGUAAUAUGCUUGUAAAAAUAAUCUAUACGGGCGUAAAUCGAAAAUAAACAUUUCACUGAGUCCGAUUGGGUUCGAGCUCUACAGACUCGUGAAUGACCAUCGUUUCGAAAAAAAUGUUGAUCUUUUCAAAUAUAAGCAAGCAACGUGUUUAUUUUCGAGUUACGCUUUAAUUCUGCUGAGGUUGAAUGCUUUGAUUUUCUGCUUGGCGAUUAAUGUUGCGCUCACAUGGUGAAAACCAGGCUUAAUUAUAAGUUAUCUUAUAUUGUAAAAUAGACUAAAUGUAUAAUUUAUUGACCACAAAUAUACGACUAUAAAGGUUAUUAUAUA